AUGCUCUACAACUACGUGCGAAACGAGGUCGACUUCUGCAAACUCGCUCCGGAAAUAUGUGGAGAGGUAACCCGCACUCAUGCGAAUUUCGACACACUGGCUGUUUUUCGUUUAAUCUUGUGGGCAUUGGUAACUCCUAAAGUUGAGGUCCUUGGUGUAUCCACAUGGAGAACCCCUCAGGCUGGUGGUGGGUGCUGUGGAUGUGGCGUUUCUUCUGUUGCACCACCGGAAUCAUCUGGACAAGGUGGACAACCUGAACUGGAUGGUCAGCCUGGUCAACCUGGUAGGGAUGGACUGAUGGACCACCACCGACGCCACCUCCUAUGUCACUCCAUGCUUCACUGCCCUGCUGGUCCUCCAGGUCCACCUGGAAACGCAGGAGGCAAGGGACAACCAGGAAAUCCUGGACAAGAUGGCCAGCCAGGAAAUGCUGGAAACCCAGGAGGUGCAGGUCCCCCAGGACCACCAGGACCACCCGGAAACGACGGCCAGCCUGGAAACCCUGGAGCCUCACAAGUACCUGGACCAGCUGGACCUCCAGGACCUCCUGGACCCGACGGUCAGCCAGGAGCACCCGGAAACCCAGGACAAAAUGGUGGACCAGGACAGCCAGGAGACAAUGGACAGCCUGGUCGCCCUGGAAAUCCUGGAAACAACGGAAAUGAUGGAGAAGACGGAGGCCCCGGAUCCCAGGGAAGCUGCGACCACUGCCCACCUCCUCGCACUGCUCCAGGAUAUUAA